AUGGAUCAGUUGGCAGAUGAGCUUCUAGAAGAGUUAUCAACAGAGGAUCCACUACAAGUUGCUUUGACCAAGGAUUCUUCAGAGGGAUAUGCCAGUUUGCGAAGUCAUGGCAGUGAGCUCGAUCAAGAACUCGAUCGAGUCGAGUCGAACAAACGAACUCGAUCGAGCUGGGGGCUGAGAUGCAAGGAGCAAGCUCAAGGAGAUUGGUCUGAGCUUAAGGCGCCUAAAGUCGACCUCAAACCUUUGCCUGAGGGCCUCAGAAAGGCAAUAGGUUACACUCUAGAUGAUAUCAAGGGGAUCUCCCCUGACCUAUGCAUCCAUAGGAUUCAUCUAGAGGAUGAAAGUAAGUCAAGCAUUGAACCUCAAAGAAGAUUGAACCCCAAUCUAAAGGAAGUAGUGAAGAAAGAGAUACUCAAGUUGCUUGAUGCUGGGAUAAUCUAUCCCAUCAGUGAUAGCACUUGGAUAUCUCCAGUUCAUUGCGUCCCAAAGAAAGGGGGGAUCACUGUCAUUAAAAACGACAAAGAGGAGCUGAUUCCCACUAGAACAAUAGUGGGGCAUCGCAUGUGUAUUGACUAUAGGAAGCUAAAUUCAGCAUCUAGAAAGGAUCAUUUCCCUCUCCCUUUCAUUGAUCAGAUGUUAGAAAGAUUGGCAAACCACCUUUUUAUUGUUUUCUUGAUGGCUACAGUGGUUUCUUCCAAAUCCCGAUCCACCCUAAUGAUCAGGAGAAGACCACUUUCACAUGCCCUUAUGGCACCUUUGCUUAUCGAAGGAUGCCAUUUGGGCUGUGCAAUGCUCCAGCUACUUUCCAGAGGUGCAUGA